AUGAGGUUCUUCACAAUGGCGAAGUCUGUGACAAUGGAGCAGCGGCGCGGAGGGUUAAAGUCGAGGGCCCGCAAGUUGAUGGCAUUGUGCAUGGGUGGAGUCUUGUUGCUCUCUGGCGGGCAUGCUGGGUCAGAAUAUUUGCGUGAAGGAACACUGCAGCGAAAUUUAGAUCAGGAGCCAGAAGCGGCUACCCAGACUGAACCAGUAUUCAGCGGGCAAGUCGCCACUUGUACCUUGCCAACAGGAGGUGUUGGAAGAAGCACGGCCGACGAUGCUACUAGCGCCCUGACACUGUCGAAAGAUAAUUUGACCGCUACAUUGAAGUGUUCAGGUACAGACUACGUUGCAAUUCCCCAAAAGAUGACGAAGGUAUGUGCCGCUACUGUUCAGGACCCCUCAGUAAAAAACUGCAAAACUGAUCUGCAGGAUACAGGGAACGGCAAGCAGAUCACGCUGCCAGCACUCCUGGGGUCCAGCCGCAGUAUCGAGUGGAAAAAAACUCUGACAACUGGGGUCCAAAACACCGGCGAAGUAUGGACCUUGGAGCUACAAGAGGCAGACCUUCCAUUUAGCGACAAAGCCUUCUUCGUAGGCUGCGACAAGAAAACUGCCGACAAUCCUGCGCCGUCACCCAUCACAGAUUGUAAAGUUGACGUGGUUGUCAAAGCGAGACCGUCUUCCGUUGCCGACAAUAAUGUCGUCGCCUGCGCAUACGGCAAGGACAGCAACCCUGAGCCCCUGAAGGUUGAGAUGACAACAGAGAGGAACACCCUCACUAUUCAAUGUGGCUCCGAGGGAUCUCUGAAUCCUGAAUCCUAUGCAACCCAGUACUGCGAUCUCCAGGGAGAGUUGGAGAACUGCACGCUGAAGAAGUUUGAAGAUAUUUUGCCUACAUUUGCAACCAGCUGGUGGUCAAAGGCAGACGAUAGUAGAUCCGCCACAUUGACAAUCCCGGAGACGGACUUUCCAGAAUCCGAACACCAAUUCCGUUUGGGAUGCGUCCACAAACCGGCAAACACCGAGCAACCCCCUCUUACCGAGGAAAGCAGCAAAACUGGAAGUUCACAACCAGUCGCUACUACAUCGAAUUGCAAUGUGAUUGUGACUGUCAGGUCGGGAAACUCUGCUUCGUCGUCUGCUCAAAUGGCAGCUGCAAUCGCUGGUACAGCCGGGUUGACAGGACUCCUCGUCGGGUCCUUGUAA